GGCCACGCUCCACAAAAGCAAAAAAGAAGAAAAGAACGAGAGAGAGAGAGAGAUAGAGAGAGCCAAACUCUCUAAAACCGGCCACCGCUAACCGCCGCGGCGAUGCUGCAGGAAAUUCCUCCGGCGCCACCACCACCCCAGCCCUGAAGUGUGAUUAUUUUCCGUCGAUCUCCUAAUUAAUCCUCUUUCCGGCUCCGAGAAAUGUCGGCAACAAGCAAGCAGAAACAGAGUCAAGCACGAGAGCUGAAGCACCGCGUGCUGACGUGCAUCCACAAACUCUCCGACCGGGACACGUAUUCCGCCGCGGCCACCGAGCUCGAGUCGAUCGUCACCACUCUGUCUCCGGACACCAUUCCUAUCUUCCUCUCAUUGAUCUCAGCCACUGAUUCUUCGGACAAGUCUCCCGUCCGCAAGCAAUGCCUCCGUCUUAUCUCGCUGCUUUCUGAGGUGCAUGGAAACAGUCUCUCCCCUCAUCUGUCCAAACUCCUCUCCGCCGUGGUCCGCCGCCUGCGCGAUACCAACUCCUCCGUCCGUUCCGCCUGCAUCGCCGCCUGCGGAUCCAUCUCCUCGCACAUUACCAUGCCCCCGUUCUCCUCCAUCGCCAAGCCGUUCCUAGAGGCGCUGUUCACGGAACAUGAAAUGAACUCCCAGAUCGGCAUCGCCUUAUGCUUGUCGGCAGUGAUUGAGGCGUCUCCAGAUCCGGAUGCAGCAUACCUGAGGAAGCUGAUGCCGCGAAUCGAGAAGCUAUUGAGAUGCGAAAGCUUCAAGGCUAAGGCGGCGCUUCUCACCCUGAUCGGCAGUGCAAUUGGCGUUGGAGGCGCUUCUAACCAUCUGGUGGUGAAGAAUUUAGUGCCGUGUUUGGUAGGAUUUGUCAAUAGCGAUGAUUGGGCUGCGAGGAAGGCCACUGUGGAGGCUUUGCUGAGGCUGGCCGUGACGGAGAAAGAAAUGUUGACGGAGUUUAAGGGAGCUUGCGUGAAGGCUUUAGAGGCCAAAAGAUUCGAUAAGGUGAAGGCAGUGAGGGAGACAAUAGAUCAGACGCUGGAGGCUUGGAAGGAGAUUCCUGACUCGGAUGAUGGUGUUUCACAUCAACUCAAAACAUCUUCCUCAUCCAAAGAAAAAGCUAGCGAUGGGUAUCAUCAACCAGGCUCCAUGGUUCCGCGCAAAAUGAGUUCUGGUGCUCCAAAUAUUAGAAAAAGAUAUACCCCUCCAAUCAAGUGGCAUGUAACUGAUAAUAGCUCACCUGCUGCUACAGCUAGGAGGAGAAGUCUUCAAGAGGGUACUCAAAAGAAAUCCGCUUCUGCAAUAUUUUGCAAACUUGAUUGCAAGAAGACUUAUGAAGUAGAGGUUGAAGUUACUGCACCUCAAGGCACUCCACCUGAAGUUUCACGGGAUGAUUUGAAAUAUAGAGAUGUGAAUGCUACAAAACCAGAAACCAGAAGAGCCCUGUUUGGACAGAAAAAUGCAGGAUCUCGUGUGGUCCCAUGUAAUGAAGAGAGAUCUGAGCAUACCACCAUUGGCAUGAGUAGUGAAACAGAGGAGCCUCACAGGAACCAAAAAGAGUAUGAAGAGCUCUCUCAGAUUCAGAAUCAACUAGUUCAAAUUGAAAAGCAGCAGUCCAAGUUGUUAGAUAUUGUCCAGAAAUUCAUUGGGAGUACACAAAGCGGAAUGCAUUCUUUAGAGACACGGGUUCGUGGCCUAGAGUUGGCGUUAGAUGGGAUCUCUAGAGACUUGGCUGUGUCAACCCGACAACAAACAUCACCGAAGAGAAAGACUGGAUUCACGUGUUGCAAGCUACCCGGUGCAGAGUUUUUGAGCUCGAAACCUUGGAAGAGGACAGGAAGAACUUUGUCCUCGCGGUUCUCACAGGUUGCUUCUACUGCUGCACAAACUAAAGUUGGUGCAAGUGAAGGUUUGACGGCAGAGAGUAGGAGGUUCGGAUUCCAAGGAAGCCAUGGGUUCAUCUUAAAUCCAUUGGCCCAUGAACCUCAACAGGGAGACUGUGAGGCUUCCACAAGUGGCGUCUAAAACAAUGUGGACUUUGUCAUGUGGAGAGAAAGAGAGUACAUAUAUCUAUACAUAUAGUACUACGUAUUAGAGCUAUGCUAGUAGUUUCUAUCAUUAUCCUGUUGUUGUUUUUCAGUUGAACUAAACACAUUUUACUGCCCCAUCCAUCAUACACACAUUCCCUUGUUGUGGAAUGUUAUGGUCAAGGUGUGGGUGGUUUGAAGAAAUAAUGUCCUUGUUU